AUGGCCGCGGAUUCCCUUGUUUUGACGUUCCUUCAUUUUCCAUAGUUCGUGUGGAGAUUUUUUCGUUUUGCAUUUGAAUCAAGUGCGAAAGCUGACAAUAUUGUUUGCUGUUUAAAUUUGUGACGAAAAUCAGUCAAUCUGGAAGUCUUACAAGUGACCCGUGAGGACGCCGAUAUGACGUCCGUAGUGCGAAGACGAGACCACGACGAUUCCGGUGAAUUCUCGGACGCAUCACAGGAUAUCGAGCAUAAUCACUCUGGGAAUGAUGGGGGACAACCGGAGUCGGAUUAUGACUCCCAGGGUAGUGACUCCGAGCGAUCGGACAGGGAUCCGGAGAGCCAGGAAACGGAGCGCCGUGUAGACGACGAUGAGGACCGAAGCAACCCUCAGUACAUCCCUAAGAGAGGCACCUUCUAUGAGCACGAUGACCGUACCGCUGCAAGCGGAGAAGAAUCUACCAAUACGACAUCAGAAGCUGCCUCUGAGAAGAAGGAAGGCAGUGAGACGCCCGCCGAGCGCCGUCGUCCGCCGCGGAAGUCGGAGAUCAUCAACAAGUGGUCCCACGACAAGUACAACGAGAAUGAACAGAUGCCCAAAUCGCGUGAAGAGUUGGUGGCCAUAUAUGGAUACGACAUACGGAACGAGGAUGCGCCGCCGCACGCUCGCCGCAACAGGAGAUAUGGUCGCGGCCCUAACAAGUACACUCGCACUUGGGAAGACGAGGAGGCGUACAAGCGUCAACAAGCGCAGGCGCCGCCGCGUCGCCCGCCUAACCCGGAAGACUUCCCCGAGCUCGAGGCUGGCAACAAGCACAGCAGAAAGGGCCGCGGUCCCCGGCCCCGGUCCAAGUCGCAGCCGGCGUCUAACGAGUCGCUCGACAACGGCACGCAGCUGCGAAGGAACGCUUCUAUCAAGUCGCCUAAAGGUAAACCGGACCGUCCGCCGAAGCAGAAUCUCAGCAAGAACCCCGUGAAACGGGAGCCGGUGACGCCCAAGCCGCAGCCCAAGGAGAAAAUGCCGCCGCUAGAGAAUCUCACCAUAACCACGUCUUUGGUCAACAAUAACCAAGGUUCCCGGAAGGUGAGCGCGGUGGCGCAGCAGAGGCCGGUGCCCACCGACCAGGGCAAGAAGAAGCCGCCGCAGCAGCCGCAACCUCCACAACAGAACAACGUAGCUCCGAAUAAGUCGCCGCCGCAGCAGCCGCAGCCGCCUCAGAAGCCACAGCCGCCACAGCAGAACCAACAGCAGCCGGCCGCUGGUGCGGAAGCAAGAGGCGGAAGCAAAAGAUACAGCAGUUUGCGCCAACGCCCGCUCGCUGAGAACUACACGCCGCAACCGCAGCAGCCGCAGCAACCGCAGCAGCCGCAGCAGCCGCAGCAACCGCAGCCGCAGCAGCAGAUCAGAUAUGCUGGUGAGCUUAUUGGCAAAGAUACUGCAGUUUUCUCCAGAUACUGCAGUCUUCUCCAGACGCUGCAGUCUUCUCCAGACGCUGCAGUCUUCUCCAGAUACUGCAGUCUUCUCCAGACGCUGCAGUCUUCUCUAGAUGCUGCAGUCUUCUCCAGAUGCUGCAGUCUUCUCCAGACGCUGCAGUCUUCUCCAGACGCUGCAGUCUUCUCCAGAUACUGCAGUCUUCUCCAGACGCUGCAGUCUUCUCCAGAUACUGCAGUCUUCUCCAGACGCUGCAGUCUUCUCCAGAUACUGCAGUCUUCUCUAGACGCUGCAGUCUUCUCCAGACGCUGCAGUCUUCUCCAGAUACUGCAGUCUUCUCCAGACGCUGCAGUCUUCUCCAGAUACUGCAGUCUUCUCCAGACGCUGCAGUCUUCUCCAGAUACUGCAGUCUUCUCUAGACGCUGCAGUCUUCUCCAGACGCUGCAGUCUUCUCCAGAUACUGCAGUCUUCUCCAGACGCUGCAGUCUUCUCCAGACGCUGCAGUCUUCUCCAGAUACUGCAGUCUUCUCCAGACGCUGCAGUCUUCUCCAGAUACUGCAGUCUUCUCCAGACGUUGCAGUCUUCUCCAGAUACUGCAGUCUUCUCCAGACGCUGCAGUCUUCUCCAGACGCUGCAGUCUUCUCCAGAUACUGCAGUCUUCUCCAGACGCUGCAGUCUUCUCCAGACGCUGCAGUCUUCUCCAGAUACUGCAGUCUUCUCCAGACGCUGCAGUCUUCUCCAGACGCUGCAGUCUUCUCCAGAUACUGCAGUCUUCUCCAGACGCUGCAGUCUUCUCCAGACGCUGCAGUCUUCUCCAGAUACUGCAGUCUUCUCCAGAUACUGCAGUCUUCUCCAGACGUUGCAGUCUUCUCCAGAUACUGCAGUCUUCUCCAGACGCUGCAGUCUUCUCCAGACGCUGCAGUCUUCUCCAGACGCUGCAGUCUUCUCCAGACGCUGCAGUCUUCUCCAGACGCUGCAGUCUUCUCCAGACGCUGCAGUCUUCUCCAGAUACUGCAGUCUUCUCCAGAUACUGCAGUCUUCUCCAGACGCUGCAGUCUUCGACGGCAGUCUCAGACGCCGCAGCAGCAGCAGCAGCAGAUCAGAUAUGCUGAAUACCCGGCGGGCGGCGCUGCGGGCGCGGCGCCGAGUUCUCAUCAGCCCGCCGCGGCGCCUCUGCCGCACCCACAACAGAUUAUGCACCAGGUACACCGCUCGGCGCCGGUACAGCCGCCGGCGCACGGGCCCUCGCCUCCUCACCAGCCCUUACCGCAGCCGCAGCACCCGCAACAGCAGGUGCGGCUGGGUCUGCUGGAGCAACAGCAGCUGGUGCACGCGCCGCAUCUACACAACUUGCCGCAACCGCACGCUAUGGGACAACUCCAACCAACACAAGCCUACGCACCGCCAGCAAUGAUGCCCGCACAGUAUAUGCAGCAACCCGCGGUGGGCGGCGCCAACAGCGGCGUGUUCGGCGGCGCGGCCAUGUUCCCGCCGCCCGCGCCCUACCCGCUCUACCCGCACCAGCACCACAACUACGCCACACAAGCGGGGGGCGUGACGUACUACAACUGCGCGGAGCAGGAGCCGCCCGCGCCGCAGCCGCGCGCGCAGCGCCGCCCCACCGCCGCCAUACCCAUCGUGCGCCCGCACGCGCCCGACCGGCCAGUAAACUCGUCAGAAAAGGACAACAUAGACAGGAUCGUAGAAAACAUGUUUGUCAGAAAGCCUUGGCCCGCGACACACGGCGCUGAUUCAAAAGAAAAAAGCACAGAGAACCGCAGCUCACAAGAGCCCCAAAGCAAAGAGUCAUCCCAACCCAACAGCCUAACUUCCAGCUCCAUAUCCACCGACUCCAGACCCUCAGAACAGAAAGAGGAGAGGACAGAAGAACCGGAAGAGAGGAAACAGGAAAGAGAAAGCCAGGAGGCUGAGCAGGAGAGCAUAUCGACGGAUGCCUGACUGGUAAGGAUAAAGUACCUCGAGUGCUACAAGGCUAAAUACUAUAGCGGAAGGUAAUUUAUUACUAGGACGGUCACACUUUUCUAGAUAUUGACGAUUUGAUUUGAUUUUCGGUUACGUUGCUAAUGUUUGUUUUACGGAUGAUUUUUAAUAAAUUUUCUGAAGUUUCGUAUUUAUUUGACUAGCCACUGUACUAGAAGCGCCAUCUGUGUAUUUAAAUUAAAAGUGCGACAUAUUUGUGAACACAUAUUGUGACAUAUUUGUGAAUACAUGUGUGACAUAUUUGUGAACACAUGUGUGAAGUAUUUGUGAACAUGUGUGACAUAUUUGUGAACACGUGUGAAAUAUUUGUGAACAUGUGUGACAUAUUUGUGAACACAUGUGUGAAAUAUUUGUGAACAUGUUUGACAUAUUUGUGAACACGUUUGACAUAUUUGUGAACACGUUUGACAUAUUUCUGAACAUAGAUGUCACUUUUCUGUGACAAUAAUCAAGUGUCAUCAUUGUAUUUACUUGACUGGCCACCGUUUAAGGGCGCCAUCUUUGUAACAUUCAUGAAUUUAUGUAUGACACGAAUCUGCUAACACAUUUUUAUCUGCUGGACAACAGAUUACACUUUUUCUAUUGUUCUUUAGAGAACAAGCAAAAAAAUGACCCCAAACUGUUUACAUUUUUCUACAUACUAUUUCUAAGUAUGCACAAGUCACAUCUCUCUCAAAUUACAUAUUUGACAAGGCUUAACUCAUAAAAUACUAUUGAUUUAUAUUUGUAGCAAUACAAAGGUUCCAUUUUGAUUGAAUUACUGCUGAAAGCAAGGAAAACGCUCGUGGAUUCACCGCGAAGCGUCUAUGAGAUCUAGACCGGUACAGCUUUUGAUUCAAAGCUUCACCAAGUAGAUCUAGGGAUUGUCUAUGGAACUGCUUAUUUAAAAUACUAGUUGAUUUAUGGAACUUAGAUUUAAAAAAAAAUUGAUUUAUUUUUCAUAUAAAUACUUCCUGCUUGAUACUCUUUAACAAAAUCGUGUUUUGUUUAUUUAAAUCCUUAGUUUCAUUAGUUUAAUCAUAAAAGACAGGGUUGUCAAAAAGGCGUUUGUCUAUGGUAUUCUCCACUUGAAAAUUUUACUUGAGUCUUAAGUGUUAUGUUAUGCUUCAACCAAACCAACGCGUGCAGAUCGCCAUCGCGACGCGAUCAUAGGCCAAUGACAGGUCGCGCGUCCUGUCAUUGGUCGCGCGUCCUGUUAUUGGUCACGCGUCCUGUCAUUGAUCGCGCGU